AAAAUGCCGACCCCCACUGCUACCAUCUAUCUCAACUUUGCCUGCGGCACAUGCCGCAAAGCCCACGACCUCCUCACUGCCUUCAACGCCGAUGCCGCACCACACGACAAAGUCGACGUCACGAUCGUCGAAUAUGUCAAGACCAAGCUCGAUGUGGCCACGAUCAAGUCUCUCCUGGCACUGCUGUUCCCAGACGACCCAUCGCCAAGCCCAUUGCUCAUGAUGCGCACGACAUCGGAAGAGUUCCGUGCGUUGAAGUUGGACGCAUUGGAUCCCGUCGACGAUCGAGAAGCACUGAUCAAAGCCAUGUCCGCAGAUCCCCUCUUGAUUGCGCGACCAAUCUUCGUCAAGGACGGCCGAGCCAUCAUCGCCCGUCCGCACGACCGGCUGUACGAAUUGCUCAAGACCGACUACAUUGCCGACCAACCCCACCCUGUCGAUGACUACUGCUAAAGGCAAUACGAUUCUCUCCUUCAAUCAAGUUGGGCAUUUCCGGUUACAUUUUCGGUUUCACAGCGUAUACUGGUGGAAAACGUCAAAUAUUGAGCGACGUAUUUAUCAUUGUUGCAAUAAGUAGUAGUAACUACGGUGUUUAGCGCUA